AUGACUUUAGACCAUCGACAUAUGGACCUGCCGUUCGCGUUUGGAAUUGACGCCGGCGCAGUGCAAGAGAGACAGCACGUGAAGGAUAGAGCUAACGCGGGCAAACGUCGUACGUUAGAUCUGUAUUGUGCAUGUGUUUCUUUCACUGUGGAAAGCUUUACUCAUAUUUUUGCCUUGAAAUUAGUUUUAAUUGUUGAUUUUUCACAACUUCAAACCAAUUACAAGAUGGUGCAGUCUUGUUGUGCUAUGAACUGUACGACCAGAAGAGAAAAAGGGGUGAAAUUAAAAUGUCUGAGUAUACCCAAGGAUCCCGCAAGGAGGAAACAGUGGUUAGUUGCCAUAAGAAGGGAGAAUUUUAAUCCGAGUGAUAGGACAGUUAUAUGCGAAAAUCACUUUACAAAGGACGAUUUUGAGCUGAAUGUACAUGGAAAUACAGUUCUCAAGAAAACUGCAGUGCCUUCUGUUUUUAAUUUCCCCGUACAUUUACAGCAAAAAGUAGUAAUAAGGAGACCUUUAAAACGAAAGAUAUCUGAUAACAAAGAACAUGGUGCUAUUGCCAGUACAUCAGGCAUAAAUACUGAACCAGUAUUAGGAGUUAUGUCAAGUGAAUCUGUCAGUGCUGAAAAUGAGGAUAUAGAUUCUGAGCAACCUACUACUACAUCUCAAAUGGAAUUCCCUAAAAGAAGACGAAGAGAUCCAAUUUUCUUUGGUGACUUCAAAGAAAGUGAUUUAGAUGAUGUGCAGAAGAGAAAAAGAUUUUGGAAGGUAGCUCAUCAUACUAUAGCAAAGUCUAGGAGAAAUAUCAGGUAUUAUCAGUGCAUAGCCAGAAGACAAAAGAAGAAGAUAAAAAGCCUUAAUUUAUUGUUGGACGAAUUGAUGGAAAAAGAGAAAAUUUCAUCACAGCAGCUCAUGGUAUUGAAGGCAAGUAUUCCUGAAGUACAAAAAGCCAUACUGUUUAGGCACCUCAAAAAGGGCAUCAAAGGAGGAAAAUAUAGCCCUCAACUGAGAUGCUUUGCUUUAACAUUAAAUUUUUAUUCUUCUUCUGCAUAUCAGUAUGUUAGAAAAGUGUUUGGCAAAAAUUCUCUCCCGCAUCCUAGAACACUAACAAAAUGGUAUUCUACUGUAGAUGGUACACCGGGGUUUAGUGCAGAAGCAAUACGGGCUGUCAAAAUGAAAGUUGACAUUGAAAAAGGAAAAGGAAAGCAACUUAUAGCAGGUCUUGUGAUUGACGAGAUGUCCAUUCGUGAGCAUGUACAUUGGACUGGUAGUAGGAAUGUUGGAUACAUUGAUUAUGGAACUGGUAUGCAGAAUAGUGACCAAUUACCACAUGCAAAACAUGUAUUUGUGAUAAUGCUUGUAGGUUACAAUAUAUAUAGGUGGAAGGUUCCCAUUGCCUAUUUUUUAGUAGAUGCUUUAUCUGCUGAAGAAAAGGCAAUGUUAAUUAAGGGGUCUUUCCUUUAGUUGGAAACAACUGGGGUGCUGAUUAAAAGUAUCACAUUUGAUGGGUGUGCAUCCAACAUUUCGAUGGCAAAUUUGCUGGGAGCAAAGCUCAGUUUUCCUGGAAUGAAACCAUAUUUCAUAAACCCAGUGAAUAAGGAAAAAGUACAUAUCAUUUUGGACGCAUGCCACAUGAUUAAAUUAGUACGUAAUACUUUGGGUGAUUGGGGCAUAUUAUGUGAUGGAAAUGGAGACUCCAUUAAAUGGUAUUAUUUUAAAGAACUGGUGAAGCUGCAAGAGGAAUCAGGGCUUCAUUGUGCCACUAGACUAAGGUCUCGACAUAUUAACUAUUACAAAGAAAAAAUGAAAGUGAAGCUUGCUGUCCAGACCUUUAGUGCUAGUGUUGGUGAUGCCCUAGAAUACUGUAAUCAGGACUUGAAUAUUACAAAAUUUAGAGGUAGUGAAGCAACUGUUUCUUUCUGUCGAAAAAUUAACAAUAUUUUUGACGUUUUAAAUGUUAGAAAUUUCUACGGGAAAACUCCUUGUAAAAGGCCUCUUUUCAAGGGAAACAGCGAAACCUUCAAAAAUUUUAUCAAAGAAUCUGUAGAAUAUUUAAGUUGAUUGACAGAUCAAAAGCACGAUAAAGUAACUUAUAAGCGAAGUCAAGAUCAUCUUGAAAUGUUUUUUCAGCAAUCCGUUCAAGGGGAGGCUU